AGAGAGUAGGAGGCUUUGUUUACUUAGGAAGCUGAGCGCAGCUAGUUCUGUGGGCUUACUCAAAGAAGGGUUGUGUGUGUGUGCGUGUGACACACACAGACACACUCAGUCUGAUCUGAGUGGCAGAGAGAGAGCAAGAAGAGUUUGCACUGAGAGAGGAGUGCGUUUGAAGAAGAGAAGAACGGUGAAAGAAGAAUAUUUAGUUUUUACUUUACAUUUUUCUCACUUCAACUGCAUGUGGGUUCCUUUUUGCCACAAAAAAGGAAAGAACAAGAGAGAGAGUCUAUUGAAGGAAGAGGUUUUUUUUUUUUAAACUGAUGAAGCAGAAUGGCGCGGUUUAGCAUACACUGAUGAAACGCUCGGAUACACGCGUCCACCUGGAGAGUUUCUGUUUCAAAACCCAACUUUUUUGCCCUUUGAGGAAAGUUAAACAUUUGGCUGUUUUUUUUUUCUCUUUUAAUUUUUCAACUGCACAUUUUAUGUGCUAUGCUCAUGACUCCUGGUUUUACUCUUGUGGAGUGAUUGAUUUGUUUUGGAUGAAAGUUGAGAGUCAGGGUUGGAGGGACAGUUCACAGUAAAAGAAAUUGAGUGUAACAGUGAAAAAGAAGAGACAUGGAUUUUGAUCCACGCGAACCUGAGCCAUCGGCAGCUGCCUUUAUAAACCAGGUGCAGUAUUCCAACAUCCUGGAGGGCCGUUUCAAACAGCUGCAAGAUGAGAGAGAAGCAGUGCAGAAGAAGACCUUCAAUAAAUGGGUGAACUCUCACCUGGGUCGCGUGACCUGCAGGAUUGGUGACCUCUACACUGACCUCCGUGAUGGACGUAUGCUUAUUCGACUGCUGGAGGUCCUCUCUGGGGAGCAACUGCCAAAGCCCACCAAAGGCCGUAUGCGCAUCCACUGUUUGGAGAACGUUGACAAGGCUCUGCAGUUCCUGAAGGAACAAAAGGUUCAUCUGGAGAAUAUGGGUUCUCAUGACAUUGUUGAUGGAAACCACCGCCUCACACUUGGACUCAUUUGGACCAUAAUUCUCCGUUUCCAGAUCCAAGACAUUAGCGUUGAGACAGAGGACAACAAAGAGAAGAAAUCAGCCAAAGAUGCUCUGCUGCUGUGGUGUCAGAUGAAGACUGCAGGGUACCCAAAUGUCAAUGUCCACAACUUUACUACCAGCUGGAGAGAUGGUCUAGCAUUCAAUGCCAUAGUGCACAAACACAGGUCAGACUUGAUUGACUUUGAUAACCUCAAGCGCUCUAAUGCCCACUAUAACCUGCAGAAUGCCUUUAAUGUGGCAGAGAAGGAGCUGGGUCUUACCAAGCUACUGGAUCCAGAGGAUGUGAAUGUUGAUCAGCCUGAUGAGAAGUCCAUCAUCACGUAUGUGGCUACAUACUACCACUACUUCAGCAAGAUGAAGGCGCUCGCCGUAGAGGGCAAGAGAAUCGGCAAGGUGCUGGACUAUGCCAUCGAAGCAGAUCAGCUCAUAGAGAAAUACGAGACUCUGGCCUCAGAGCUGCUGCAGUGGAUUGAGCAAACCAUUGUUACCCUUAAUGAUCGUCAGCUCGCUAACUCACUCAGUGCGGUUCAGAACCAGCUACAGGCCUUUAAUACUUACCGCACCGUUGAGAAACCGCCUAAAUUCACUGAAAAGGGAAAUUUGGAGGUUUUGCUCUUCACCAUUCAGAGUAAAAUGAGAGCAAACAAUCAGAAAGUCUACAUCCCAAGAGAGGGAAAACUCAUCUCUGACAUCAACAAGGCAUGGGAGAGGCUGGAGAAAGCGGAACACGAGAGGGAGUUGGCACUGAGAAAUGAACUGAUUCGUCAGGAGAAGCUGGAGAUGUUGGCUGCACGUUUUGACCGCAAAGCAGCCAUGAGAGAAACCUGGCUCAGCGAAAACCAGCGGCUGGUCUCACAGGACAAUUUUGGUGUUGACCUGGGUGCUGUGGAAGCAGCCACUCGCAAACACGAGGCCAUCGAGACCGACAUCCAGGCAUACGGUGAGCGCGUAGCAGCCGUAGAAGCUGUUGCUCGAGAACUGGAGGCAGAGAGAUAUCAUGAAGUGCGCCGCAUACUGGCACGAAGGGAUAACGUUCUUAGACUUUGGGAGUAUCUGAAAGAACUACUUGCUGCACGACGAGAGAGGCUGAAUGCACACAGAGACCUGCAGCGCCUUCUACAGGAGAUGAGCUACAUCAUGGACUGGAUGGAAGACAUGAAGAGUCGUCUGCAAUCUCAGGACAGUGGGAAACACCUUCAUGAUGUGGAGGACUUGCUGCAAAAACACACACUUGUGGAAGCUGAUAUAUCUGCACAGGCCGAGCGAGUCAAAGCUGUGCAGGCCGCUGCAAAGAGAUUUACUUCAGAUGAACAGAGUUAUAAGCCAUGUGACCCCACUCUGGUUGAAGAGAAGGUGGAUCUUCUAGGCCGAGCAUACGGAGAACUGAGCCAGCUGGCAGCGGAUCGACGAGCUCGACUGGAUGACUCGCGAAGACUGUGGCAGUUCCUGUGGGAGCUGGGAGAGGAGGCCGCCUGGAUCAGAGAGCAGGAGCAGAUCCUGUCUGGAGGAGACUACGGAAAGGACUUGAGCUCUGCUCUUCACCUCCUGUCUAAACAUGAGGCCUUCAGAGAUGAGAUGGCAGCCCGGUAUAGCCCUCUGGGGAACAGCAUUGCAAGCGGAGAGGCCAUGGUGAAGGAAGGCCACUAUGGAGCCCCUGAGGUGACAGAGCGAAUCAAGGAUGUGAAAGCACAGUGGUCGCACCUGGAGGAGGCUUCAAAGUUGCAUGAGCAGAGGCUAAAAGAGUCUGUAGCUUUUCAUCAGUUCCAGACAGACGGCAAUGACAUGGAGGCCUGGAUACUGGAAACACUAAGACAGGUGUCUAGUCAAGAAGUUGGCCACGAUGAGUUUUCUACACAGACUCUGGCCAGAAAGCAGAGAGAGGUGGAGGAGGAGAUUCAAAGCCACCGACCACUCAUCGACUCACUACAUGAACAGGCCUCAACACUGCCUGAAGCAUACGCACAGUCUCCACAGGUUCAGGGCCGUCUCCCAGCAAUAGAGCAGCAAUAUGAAGAGUUAGAGGGGUUGUCGUCAUCAUGGCGACAGGCCUUAGAUGGAGCGCUUGCAUUGUAUCGCAUGUUUAGUGAAGCUAGUGCCUGCCAGCAGUGGGUUGGAGAAAAAGAACAGUGGCUGCACAACAUGGAGAUUCCCACCAAACUAGAGGAUCUGGAGGUGGUCCAGCAGAGGUUUGAAACUCUGGAGCCAGAGAUGAACACAUUGGGUGCUCGCAUAACUGAUGUCAAUCAAGUGGCUGAACAGCUGCUUGGAUCAGACAACCGCAACAAAGAGCAAAUCGACCAGACACAGAACCAACUCAAUAAAAGGUGGUCUGAUUUCCAGAGUCUGUCCGACCAGCGUAAACAAGCUCUGGAAUCAGCACUGAAUAUCCAAAACUACCAUCUAGAGUGUAAUGAGAUCAAGAGCUGGAUGAAGGAGAAGACAAAGGUCAUUGAGUCCACACAGAGCCUUGGAAAUGACCUGGCUGGAGUCAUGGCCCUCCAGCGUAAACUCACUGGUAUGGAAAGAGACCUGGAGGCCAUACAGGGUAAGUUGGAUGACCUGCGUUGUGAGGCAGAGAAGUUGGCGUCUGAGCACCCUGAGCAGGAGGAGGAGAUCAAGGGUCGACUGGCUGAAAUCCAGGAGGUGUGGGAGGAGCUUCGAGCCACAAUGAAACGGCGCGAGGAGUCGUUGGGCGAAGCCUCUAAGCUUCAGGGCUUCCUUAGAGAUCUUGAUGACUUCCAGGCCUGGUUGUCCCGUACACAGACCACUGUGGCAUCCGAGGACACACCUACAUCUCUAGCGGAAGCAGAGCGUCUGCUGGCUCAACAUGAGGCCAUCAAGAAUGAAGUAGAUAACUACAAGGACGAUUAUGAGAAGAUGAGAGCCACUGGAGUUGAGGUGACUCAGGGACAGACGGAUGCCCAGCACAUGUUUCUAGCACAGCGACUGCAAGCGUUGGACACCGGCUGGCAUGAGCUGAGGAGAAUGUGGGAGAGCCGCCACUGUGUCCUCGCUCAGGCCUUUGAUUUCCAAACCUUGCUACGAGAUGCAAACCAGGCAGAGGGCUUCCUCAGUAGCCAGGAGUAUGUUCUAUCACACACAGAGAUGCCCUCCAGCCUGCAAGGGGCUGUGGAGGCCAUCAAGAAACACGAGGACUUCCUCACCACAAUGGAGGCCAGUGAAGAAAAGAUCAAUGGCGUGGUCGAUUCUGGACGAAGACUCAUAUCUGAUGGCAACACCUAUGCAGACAAGAUUCAGGAGAAGACAGACUCCAUUCAGGAAAGGCACCAGAAGAACAAACAAGCUGCUAAUGAGCUGCUGGGUAAACUGAAGGAUAACAGAGAGCUGCAGCACUUCCUACAGGAUGGACAAGAGCUGACUUUGUGGAUAAAUGAGAAAAUGUUGACAGCUCAGGACAUGUCCUAUGAUGAGGCUAGAAACCUUCACAGCAAGUGGCAGAAGCACCAGGCCUUCAUGGCAGAGCUAGCCUCCAAUAAAGACUGGCUGGACAAGAUUGACAAGGAGGGUCAGGUGUUGGUAAAGGAGAAGCCUGAGCUGGAGCAGACGGUAUCAGAGACUAUGAGCAGCCUGCAGAAGCAGUGGGAGGAGCUAGAGAGCACCACUCAAGCCAAGGCUCAGUGUCUGUUUGACGCUAACCGAGCUGAACUUUUCACACAGAGCUGCUCAGCGCUGGACUCAUGGCUCCAGAACAUCUCCUCUCAACUCCAAAGUGAUGACUUCGGAAAAGAUCUCACCAGUGUCAACAUCCUGCUCAAGAAACAUCAGAUGCUGGAGAAUCAGAUGGAGGUGCGUGAGAAAGAGGUCCAGUCUCUGCAGUCACAGGCUCUGGCCUUGGCCCAAGAGGAUUCUGGGAUAAUGGAGGUGGAUGGGCAGCAGAGAAGGGUGACAGACAGCUUCUCUAAACUGCAGGACCCUUUAAGACAGAGAAGGCAGUGUCUUCUUGCUUCAAAGGAGGCUCAUCAGUUCAACAGAGACCUUGAGGAUGAAAUUUUAUGGGUGAAGGAAAGGAUGCCUCUCACCACAUCCACAGACCACGGUAAAGAUCUGCCCAGUGUCCAGCUGCUCAUCAAAAAGAAUCAGACUCUGCAAAAGGAGAUUCAGGGCCAUCAGCCCCGUAUCGAUGACAUCCAGGCUCAUGGUAGGACCAUGUCCCCUGGGAAGGAGUCAGAGAUGGACAGUGAGAGAAGAGCUGCUCUGGAUGAGCGUCUGGCGGAGCUGAGGGAAUUGUGGGCCCUUUUGAUUUCUGAGACGGAAAAGAGGAACAUGAGACUAGAAGAGGCUAACCGAGCGCAGCAGUUUUACACAGAUGCUGCAGAGGCUGAGGCCUGGAUGGGAGAACAAGAGCUUCAUAUGAUGUCAGAGGAAAAGGCGAAGGAUGAGCAGAGUGCUUUGGUGAUGGUGAAGAAACACCAAAUUCUGGAGCAGGCUCUAGAGGACUACGCUCAAACCAUCCAUCAGCUGGCCAAUAGCAGCAGACUUAUGGUGAAUAGUGAACACCCAGAGAGUGAAAGAAUUACUCUGAGGCAGGCCCAGGUGGAUAAACUGUACGCAGGGUUGAAGGAUCUGGCGGAAGAGAGGAGGGCCAAACUGCAGGAGAGACUGAGACUGACCCAGCUGAAGAGAGAGGUGGAUGAUUUAGAGCAGUGGAUCGCCGAAAGAGAGGUUGUCGCUGGGUCUCACGAACUCGGACAAGACUACGAACAUGUGACAAUGUUGCGUGACAAGUUUCGGGAGUUUGCGCGGGACACCAGCACGAUUGGUCAGGAGCGUGUGGAUGGAGUGAACGCCCAGGCAGAUGAUCUUAUUGAGUCAGGUCAUCCGGAAAACGCCAGUGUGGCUGAGUGGAAGGAUGGGCUCAAUGAGGCCUGGGCCGACCUGCUGGAGCUCAUCGACACACGCACACAGAUGCUUGCCGCCUCAUAUGAGUUGCACCGCUUCCACCAAGACGCCCAGGAAGCUCUGGGGCUCAUAAAGGAGAAAAAGGAGACGCUAGCAGGGGCCGAACUUGGACGGGACUUGAACACUGUCCAGCACUUUCUUAGGCAGCAUACGGCGUAUGAGCAUGAUGUGCAGGCACUCAGUGGGCAGGUCACACAGGUUCAGGACGAUGCUGCACGUCUGCAGAAAGCGUACGCUGGAGAGAAAGCUGAUGACAUCCUUCGCCACGAGCGUGCAGUCACUGAGGCCUGGGAGGGGCUUCAAUCUGCCACUCAAGCCAGACGGCUGCUCCUACUGGACACAGUGGAGAAGUUCAGAUUCUUAAACAUGGUCAGAGACCUCAUGCUGUGGAUGGAAGGAAUCAACUUGCAGAUCCAGUCACACGACAGCCCAAGGGAUGUCUCCUCAGCUGGUCUGGUCAUCGCCAACCAUCAGGAUAUUAAGUCUGAGAUAGAGACUAGAGCAGACAGCUUUAGUGCAUGCAGUGAAAUGGGACGCACCCUCACCAACAACGACCACUAUGCUUCAGAUGAGAUUCAAGAGAAAUUGGAUCAGCUUCAGGCCAAACGCACUGAAAUUAAUCAGAAGUGGCAAGAGAAAAUGGACCACUUACAGAUCGUUCUGGAGGUGUUACAGUUCGGCAGGGAUGCGUCUAUGGCUGAGUCGUGGCUGGCUGGACAGGAGCCACUGGUCAGGGCAGCAGAAUUGGGCUCUAACGUAGACGAGGUUGAGAGUCUUAUCAAACGCCACGAAGCCUUUGAAAAACUGGCAGCAGGCUGGGAAGAUCGUUUCACACAGCUAGAGAAACUCACCACGCUGGAGGAACAGGAAAUUCAAAGAAAAAGGGAAGAGGAAGAGAGGGCCCGACGACCUCCCACACCUCCCCCUGUGGAGGAGGUAGUACAGUCUGAGAUCAACGAUUCUGCUGCAAGGACGAGUCUGGACCAGACUACACUGAACCAGUCAGUAUCUGUCAAUGGUGCCUACAGUGACCAGGACACAUCACAGUCGUUAUUGGUCUCUGUAUCUGAACUCCAGAAACCUGAACCUAAACAAGAGAGUAAACUUCAGUCUAACCCAGUUUCUAAACCUGUGCCUAAACCCCACAAGGCACAGGAGCGUGGAUCAGAAUCUGAAUCUGUUAAUGGUCCGGGCCGUGACAGCGGUCUGGACUCAGCAUCACGCCAGGACCCUUCAGCAACACUGCCAGGGCGAGGAGGAGCAGAGCCCGCCACAGACGCCAUGGAGGGCAUCCUCUGCAGAAAACAGGAAAUGGAAUCGCACAACAAAAAAGCAGCCACCAGAUCGUGGCAGAAUGUAUAUUGUGUUUUACGUAAAGGCAGUCUGGGCUUCUAUAAGGACAACAAGAGUGCCGCGAAUGGAGUCCCAUACCACGGAGAAGUUCCCAUCAGCCUCAGCGAUGCUGUCUGUGAGGUCGCCCACGACUACAAGAAGAGAAAACAUGUAUUUAAACUUAGGCUUGGCGAUGGAAAAGAGUUCUUGUUUCAAGCAAAGGAUGAGGCUGAGAUGAGUUCAUGGAUACAAGCAAUCCAAUCAACCCUGACGUCCACCGAGCGUUCGCCGGGUGCCACACGAGGUCUGAUUCGGGCGAUGACCAUGCCACCCAUAUCUCCCAGCUCGGGCGAUGCAGGAGGCGUGACCAUGCGCAACAAAGACGGCAAAGAGAGAGACCGCGAGAAGCGUUUCAGUUUCUUUGGCAAGAAGAAAUGAGCACCCAAACGUCAUAGAUGUCAACCGGGAGCCAAGCAAGAGAUGGAAGUUUGUCAACACUCAAAAGAAACUGAUCAAGUUAGAAAAGGCAAAGAAAACUCUCAUGUCACAUUGUGAUACUUUGUUUUUUCUUUUUUCCCCCCACUCAUUUUUUAAUUUUUUAAUUUCUCAUUUCACACAUGGAUCUCGUUCAGUCUCACCUCCUCGAUUAAAUGGCACAUCAGGCCGGACGGUUAUCUCUGAACUGAAGACGUCCCUGACCAAGACCAGCUCCCAGACCAAGAUCCAUCCUGACCUUUUAAUUUGACUAGUUUCCUUUUUAACUUUUCCCCAAAAAAUAAUUUUAUAUUUGGGUUAGAUGGCGUUUCUCUACUGUAAUGACCAAGGUUGCUAUUUUGUCUGUUUCCCGUGAUGAUUUCCUUUAUCCGUCUUAAUUUCAGCCUCUCACUUUCUUUGUGAAGGAUCGCAAUCCUUUUUUUUUGUAUAAUACUUCUAACUGAAGAUUUCAUUGUUAUCGCUAUUAUUAAUAUUGUUUAUUUGCUGUUGCAUUUUUAAGUCAAUUUAAAGUUGAAUAUUUAAAGAAAUUGUUAGUUGGUAUGAUCUCAUGUUCAGAGAAGUCAAAGCAGUCAUUUUUCCUUUCAUCUACAUGCUCUUCUGACAGACACAAUAUUUUCUUUCCUUUUCAUUUUUCUAGAUAGGACUGUUAAUUUUCUUUCUCAAGUAGUUUUUUGGUUUUUGGGCUUGAAAGUAAAAAAAAAAGUUUGGUUUUAUUUUUUAUUUGAUCUUUCUAUUCUCUCUUUCAUUUCCUUUAAGAGAUACCUAAAGUAUGUGUUCUUAUUGUGUGGUUUGUUUCUUUAGUUCAUCGUGUUCCUUUAACCACUUUCUCCAGAAAAGUGUUUGUUGUGAAGAUUGAAACUGAGAUGCUGUGGGUUGGACUUUGGUUUUACAAUUGCUCGAAAGCAAACAGACACAACACAACAAUCACUUGCACAAGCCAACAUUAAACUGUAAACAACAUUAAACAAACAAAGUUGAGGAUGGGCAUUUCUUUUCUUUCUUGUUACUUUGAGUUGAAUAUGUAUUUGACCAAGUUUCCUAUCGGAAGAUAUUCUCAGGCGUCAGUUUUAGCAUUCACACACCAACGGACACGCACAUAACCCUGUGCUUUAAAUAUUUGACAGGGUUGAACCUCUAUGACGGCUGUUGUUGGGUUAGUGACAGUGAUGCUCUUGAGGUUGAUGCUGUAUUUUUAGGUGUGUGUGAGUGUGUGUGUGUGUGUGCUUUCAGGUAUAUCGGUUGUGAAUGUGCUUCAACAGUGAAUGAGAAACAAAAUUAUUGAGGUAUUCUUAAUAUGGACCAAAUCGACAUCCCCCACCCCCCCUGCCCCCGUCAUGGUGGUUGAGAGGAUCUGUCCCCUUUAGUUGUACAUCAGAAGUUACUACAAAUGAUCUUCCUUGGGGGAAUGUGAAAUUUUACCACAUACUUAUAUAAUUGUAGGUUUUAUACUUUCAGCCACCAGGAGACUCGCUCCUGUCCCGUAAGCUGCAUACACAGAGGCAGAAUCAAUAGCAAUGUAGAAGACAGGAUUUCAGAUAUACUUUUGCAGUUAAAUGCAUGAUGUAUUGGUAAUAAUCGUACCCAGUGUGGCAUGAAAACAGUAUUUUUUUUAUGGAUAAAGAUUUUUCAGCCUCAUGUGAUUGUGAGAAAGCUUGCCUUGUGUGAGUUUUUUGAUGUCCUACAAUGAAGCCCCUUCCUCUGAGGUGUGUGGAGUAUUGAGCCAUGUCCACUCAUGUCAUUCAUCUCAACAUUUCCUUUGGAGAUGCAUUUAAGGGGUCAACAUGAAGACACUGUAAACCAAAAGCUGAGCUAGGGUGUUUUUUUUUUGUUUUGUUUUUUCGUUUUGCAUUUUUGCUGUUAAGGAAAAUGAUGCAGACUCUACUGAACCUUGUCCAGUCCACAAAAAACCACCUCUUUCCAGUUUUCAGUGAGUAGACAAUGCAACUGGAACUCAUUUUCCACUACAUUCAGUGACAUGAACCUGUGACUCACUCAGAGUAAGAAAUUAGGAGCUUGGAAUCAGCGUUAUGAAACAUUCUUCUCUGGACUGGUCUAAUGUUCUCCAUCCUCAAAGAUAAAAACACUGCGACACAAUGAUUCAGUUGUAGACCAGUGCUUUUGUUCACACAGAAUACUGUCUUUUAGUCUGAGUCUGCACAUACAGUUUGGGACUGUGCGCUGAAUUGCUUCCUGAAAUAAGUCAGUGUGUUGCUUUGGAUUCGUCUCUCAUUUGUGCUGUUGAUUUUUUUUCUGUUAUUUUUUAGCAGAGUUACUUUAUCUUAAAACUUCUCCUUCCUUUUCUUUCUCUCAUAUUUUACACUAUCCAGUGUGAUGGUUUUAACCCAGUUUGCUUUGCUAGUUGGCACAUAAGAGAAUCUAGACAGUUGAGUCUGUAUAAAUUCAGAAGGACUGGAAAAUUAUAGGUAAAAUGAAUUGUACUUAUAUUGCAAUACAUGAAUACAGUGGAUUCAAUGAGAGGAGACUCGUCUCUCAGUAAAAGUGUGUGUGGCCUCAAAGUAAUAAGCAUUAGAUUUGAUUUAAUCUGGGAUUUUUUUAAGCAGAUUUUUUUCCACCUCAUCAAAUAGUAUUAUAUUUACAACAUUUUAAUGCAUCUUCAAAAAAUAAUCCCACCAAAACCAUUUAAAAUACAAUUUGUUUAAGAAUAUUGAUUCCAUUCUUUAUUUUAAAUCUGAGUUGUUAAAAUCACUGCUAUCACAACUAUGUUGUUAUUAUUAUCAUAAAAGUCAUUAUUAAUAUUACUAUUAUUAAUAUUACUACAGUUGCAAAAGCACCUCUUGUAAAACUGCAGCCUCUUCCUGUGGAGUUUCUCGUCUGUAAUACCAAACCCCGCCACUUGGGGGCAAGUGUGCUGUGGAGGAUUUUUCAUUACUGAUCGAAACAAGAAAAAGACUUGUUUGUUGACUUGUGUAUCUACAUCUAAUAUUAGGAAUAAAAACAUGAUUUGAAAAGAAAAAA